AUGGAGAAGGAGCUGUUUGUGAGGCAGGUCACAAGAAGAGGAGGAGGCCAAGACCAAUCUGCAGAAAUUGAGCAAACUUCAAAGGGAGUUAAUAAACUGAGGGACGCAGAAAGAAGACUUGUUCCAGCUCCCGAUGACAAUUCAGCUAGAAGCUCAAGAUCGAAGAUCCAAAGUGUUCCUAGAAUUGUCGGAAGUCACAGUAAUUUGGAUAAAUACUUUAAGCCAAGAGUACUAGCAAUGGGUCCUAUCCAUCAUGAUAAGUGCAUUGAGAAACUCAAAUACGCAUUGGCAGCAGACUUUAUCAAGGAUUCCGGCUGCACCUACGACCAGUUGUACAAGCAGAUUCUGGACUGCAUCGCUGAAAUAAAGGACUGCUACAAUGAUGAUGAGACACUCACCUGGAUGUUGUUCAUAGAUGGAUGUUCAACCUUGCAAUUCAUGCACAAAAUUGAUCGCUUGGAAGAGUUUGGGAUGAACAGAACCCAAGCUGCCUUUGCACGGCUCGACUUGUUCCUGCUAGAGAACCAACUCCCUUAUCAAGUCCUCGAGGAGUUGAUGAUCUCAGCCUCAAAAAACCAGGAGCUGUUCAGAAGUAUACAGAGUUUUGUUGAACUGCAGAUUAUUGCAGCAGAAAAGCCACCGGACAGGCUAUUAUUGGAAGUGCAAGCCAUCAGGGCCUAUUUAUAUGAAGCAGCCGGUCAUCAUCUUCCUCGUUAUGGUCACCCCACUUAUCAUCUUCUUGAUUUUCUUCGGGAAAGAAUGCUAGGUCCAUCACCAGAGGUUCCCAAAGAUGAUCAUCGCAAAGAAGACAAUUCACCAUCUUUUCGCAAUGCACAGGAGCUUAAGGCAGCGGGGGUUCAUUUUAGGCGCAGCAAAACUAGCUCCUUGUGGGACAUAUCUUUUACUUCUGUAGGCUUUGUAGGAUUUCUUAAUCUUCCUCCAAUAAACGAAGACGCAAUGCCUUUGUUCUUGAAUUUGAUAGCCUACGAAAUGUGUCCUGAUUUCCCAAAUAAUUUUGGUGUCACCUCUUACUUCAGCUUCCUCAGUUCACUCAUUGCUCAUCCCGACGAUGCUAAGCAGUUACGGUCAGCCCGCAUACUUUGCAACUUGCGUGGGAGCGACGAAGCCCUCGCCGACCUCUUUCAUGAGAUAGGCCCUGAUUUGGUGCUUGCCCAUCCCAUGUACAACUUUAUCAAUGCCAAAUUAGAAAAACACUACAAGACCAAGUGGAAGGCAUGGUUCGCUCAAUUUUUCGAAGAUCAUUUCAGUAGCCCCUUGGUCAUGCUUGCUUUCAUUGGAGCUCUAACAGCGCUUGUCUUAAGCGGCAUCCAGACUUGGUACACAGUCCUCAGUUUUUAUCAGAAAUAG